AUGGCGCCUUUCACUGCUCGUGGUGGUCGUGGUGGCCCUGGUGGUGGCCGAGGAGGUGGUGCUCCUCGUGGAGGCCGUGGAGGCUUCAGCGGCCGCGGCUCUGCUAACGGUGUUCGUGGACGAGGUGGUGGCCGAGGAGGCUUUGGUGAUCGUGGCGGCCGUGGUGGCCGUGGCGGCCCUGCCCGUGGAGGACGAGGAGGCCGUGGUGGUGCCCGCGGUGGUCCUGGUGGCAUGAAGGGCGGUGCCAAGGUCGUCAUUGAGCCUCACCGUCACGCCGGUGUCUUCGUCGUUCGUGGUGGCAAGGAAGACGGCAUAGCGACCCGUAACCUCACACCUGGCGAGUCUGUCUACGGCGAGAAGCGCAUCAGCGUUGACGAGCCCGUCGAGAACGACGACGGAACCACUACCACCACCAAGGUCGAGUACCGCCUUUGGAACCCCUUCCGAAGCAAGCUUUGCGCCGCCAUUGCCGGUGGUGCUGACGACAUCUACAUUCGUCCUGGUUCUCGUGUUCUCUACAUCGGUGCUGCCUCUGGUACCUCCGUCUCUCACGUUGCCGACCUUGUUGGCCCUACUGGUUUCGUCUACGCCGUCGAGUUCUCCAACCGCUCUGGCCGUGAUCUGAUUGCCAUGGCUGCCAAGCGACCCAACGUUGUCCCCAUUGUCGAGGAUGCCCGUCAGCCCGUCCGUUACCGCAUGGUCGUCCCCAUGGUCGAUGUCAUCUUCGCCGACGUUGCCCAGCCCGACCAGGCCCGUAUUGUUGCCAUGAACGCCAACUGGUUCCUCAAGCAGGGUGGUGGUGUCUUGAUCUCCAUCAAGGCCAACUGUAUCGACAGCACAGCCCCCGCCGCCGAGGUUUUCGCCAGCGAAGUCCAGAAGAUGCGCGCCGAAUCUAUCAAGCCCAAGUUCCAGCUCACCUUAGAACCCUUUGAGCGUGAUCACUGUCUGGUUGCCGGUAUCUACACACGCGGCGAAUAA